AUGGCUGCAGUAUCUCAAAAGAUCUUCAAUAAUUAAUUUGUAAUACAAAAGAAGAUCUCCUCCGGUUCAUUCGGAGUUGUGUAUUAGGGAUAUGACUUAAGAUCAUCAGAUCAUGUGGCUAUUAAAGUAGAAAAGCAAGAAAUAGAUGAUUUAUUUAGUUUAGAUAGAGAAGUAGAAUCAAAAAUAUUCUAUAUUUAGAUACAAAUAUUGAGAAAUUUAUAAGGAUUGCCAUAAGUUCCAAAAUUGAAAUGGGCUGGUAAAGAUUAAGGAAAUAAUGUGAUGGUAAUUUAAUUAUUGGGAAGAGAUUUGACACACUAUUUAAGAUAAAGGAAACGUUUUAGUUUGGCAUGUGUUUUGGGUAUUGCAGAUUAGAUGUUGACUAUUCUUGAAGCUAUUCAUAGCAAGUACACUUUUAAUUCAAGAAAGGGGUAUUAUUCAUCGAGACUUAAAACCUGAAAACAUAUUGGCUGGUAAGGAUAGAGAACAGAAUAUUAUAUAUCUUGUGGAUUAUGGUAUUGCUAAGUAAUUUAAAGAUAAAGAUGACAAACAUAUGUAAAUCAAAUUAUUUAAAAAAUAAAAGUCCUUUUAGAGAGAACAAACCAUUUUUGGGGACUUCCAGAUACGCAAGUAUAGCAGCUCAUAAAGGUUAAGAAUUAUCAAGGAAGGAUGAUCUAGAAUCAUUAGGAUAUAUGUUAAUGUAAUUGAGAUAUUAAUAUAGAGAUUUUUAUUGAAAGGGAGUUUGCCCUGGUAGAACAUAAGUUAUAAAAAUGAAGAUGAGAAGGUUAAGAUGGUAGGAUUGAUGAAAAUGAGAAUUACAUCUUAAGAAUUAUGUUAAGAUAUACCAACUGAAUUUAUGAGAUUUAUAGAUUUAGUUAAAAAAAUGAGUUAUCGUGAAAAACCAGAUUAUAGGUAAUUAUGAUAUUGAAUAAUUAUUUAGAUACUUUUAAUAAUUAUUUAGAAGAGUAUCUAUAUAAUAAUAGAUUGAAUAUCGAUUUGAUUGGUAUGAUGAAAGCAAUUUUGAAAAAAAGUCAGGAUCAACAUCUCCUAAGAAAUAACAAUCUAUUAAAAUUUUAGAUUAAUCAUAUUUGAUUUAAUAAAUCUAUUCGCCAAAUAAAAAAAAGGGCAGUGAAGAAUUCGAUGACACUGGACCAUCUAAAAGAGAAUCUAAUGGAAGACCAUCUAUUAUUAACAAUAAUUCUAAUAAUCUACUUAUGUGUGAUAGUAGAAUGAAUCUUAAAAAUAAAAGUGUUAGUUCAUUUAAUGAAUCAAAUCUAUAAUAUAGUGAUAUAUAACCUGAUGUGAGUUGUCUUAUUGCAUAUUAAAGAAAUCUAAGAUAUGGAUCAUUUCAUAAUGAAGUUGAAAUUCCAAAAUAACCUGAUAGAAGUACUUCAGCUUAAGAUAAAAUAAAAGUUAAACAUAAAUUAAGUUUGGAUGUCAAACCUAAUUGUUAUAAAUCACUUGUUGAAUUCUAAUUAGGAUUAAUGAAUAAUCCUUCAAUUAUAGAUUUCACAGUAAAUAGUCAAAAUUAAUUAAAUGAAGAUGAAAGUCCAUGUCUUGAUGAUAAAUUUAAUAUACUAAAAGUCAGCUCAGUUGACAAGUAAAUAUAAUUUACUAAAAUAUUAGUUAAUUUAAAAACCCAAUCCAACUCUUUAGAUUAAAUUUAAAAGAUAGGACAGGAAUUAAAAAUAAUUGA